GCUGUUUUAGCAGUUUCUAAGAGCCACGUGAGAGUCAGAGCAACACAAACACAUCGCUUCCGUGUUUACAUUUAAGAACAUUCCACGUUGACUCCGAUUUUGUUGCUCAGCUUGUUAAUAUUGUUGAACACGGGAUGGAUUUCACGAUCCGGGCCGCCACGCUCGAGGACUGUAAGGACAUCUCGCGGAUGAUACUGGAGCUGGCUGAGUAUGAGAAAGUUUUGGACCAGGUGAAGAUAACACAAAGAGAUCUGGAGCAGGAUGGAUUCUCCAAAAACCCUUUUUUCCAUGGAAUUAUUGCUGAAGUGCCAGAGCACCAUAAGUCUGGAGAGGGUCACACCAAGGUUGGUUACUCUCUGUACUUCUACUCAUACAGUUCAUGGAAAGGUCGGGCAGUGUACAUGGAGGAUCUGUAUGUGAUGCCAGAGUUCAGAGGUAAAGGCAUUGGCAAGGCUCUGAUGUCCAAAGUUUCCCAGCUUGGUCUGGCUGCUGGUUGCACUCAGAUGAAUUUCACUGUACUGGACUGGAACAAAUCAUCUCUUGACUUCUACCUAAAGCAGGGCUGCUGGGAUGUGACCUCUGACCUCGGCUAUCACUGCAUGCGCUGUGAGGGCGAUGCCCUUGAACAGUUAGCCCAGGGGGACCUUUAAAUUUUAAAGCACAUAGAUUAACCCAUCAACCCCUGAGCCACAAGUAACAAGUUGUUUGAUAAGCACAGGAUGACAGUAAACUGUCAGUUAAAAUGGGAAAUUUGAAAUAAGUAACCAUGCUCAUACUCAUAUCCUACAUGCUGCAACUUUAUGAGGCGAUAUAGAGGAGCAUUACUGCAGAGAACAACAGACAGAAGACACUGCUUAUUUAUGUUGCCUCAAAAAAAAAACAUUGAUUCAUUCUACACAUUUAAAAUAGUGAAGUCUGGCCUAACCAAAGAUUCAGAAGUACACUGUUGUGUUAUUAGGAAUCACAUCUGUAUUGGACAUAUUAUGACAUAAUCAUUUUUCUACUAGUGGAAAGAGUGGAAGUGAAAUUGUUACACUUCAUGCUGUUACAGUCGUUUAGAAUUUAGAAUCUUAGAGGUUCUACUUAAAUAGCCAUUUUAGUAUUUAGUCAUAUAUAAUGUGUCAUUUUAUUUGUACAUUUGAAUAUUUAUUUGUACGUUUGAACAUCUAGUCAGUCUCGCUCACAAAACCACUUGAUCUAAAAUUAUACACAAGUAGUGUUCUUAAACUGUAUAUGAAGAACUGACUGGUACACAAGAUUCACAGCCACCUAGAACAUGAAGAUGUGUCUGUUUAUGGUGAACAUGUACAGAUAUGAGCCACAUACUUUACUUGACUAACUUUUGGUAACUAUUACCAGUUAUAACAGAGAAUAAUCUCACUAAAAGUAGAUUUAUGGACUACAAUUGCAAAUUAGCUAUAUCCUAUUUGUUAUUGGUUAGUGGAACCAUGCUUGGAUUUGGCUUUUCUGAAUUGUUCACUUUGCCUUGUAGAUUAUUUGUGUGCAGUUUUCAGUAACCAGAUAUUUAAUGUUUAUUGCAAAAAGGUCUUUGGCGAGAAAAUCUUGUGCUGUUACUGAAUAAAUCAUAAGCGUGAACAAUAUACAACCCGUAAGUACCUCAGUGUGUAAAUUUAGUUAGUAAUUAGUAACAUUGUAUGACCUGUUAGGAUGGAACUGUUAUUUUGUAGCACUUUAGAGAACAUCUGUGUAGCCUCAUUGUAAAGAUGAUGGCAGAAAAGUUACAAGCUGCUGUAUCCAAUGUACUGUGGAGUCUGUUCUGUCGGCCAUUGAUAAAAGUACCUUUGUCCAUG